ACCACCAAAGGAGGAGAAAGAAGUAACAACAUCUCCUAAAGAAGAGAGAAAAGUCAAGAGGUCACAUAAAGAACAGAAAGAGGAGAGGGAAUCUCUCAAAGAAGUGAAGGAAGAGAAGAAACCACUCAAAGAUGAAACAGAAGUCAAGAAACCACCAAAAGAAGACAAAGUCAAGAAAUCAUCCACAGACAAGAAAGAAGUCAAGAAAUCACCUAAAGAAGACAUGGACUUGAAACCAUCUAAGGAGAAGAAAAAAAUGGAAAGGCCUUCUCAGGAAGGGAAAGAAGUGAAGAAACCCUUUAAAGCCGAGAAGGAAGAAAGCGAGACACCUAAGGAGGAGAAACAAAUUAAGAAACCUACAAAAGAAAUGGAUGAGAAAGAAGUUAAGAAGCCAUCUAAAGAAAAGAAAGAAGAGAAGCCUUCCAAGGAAGAGAAAGAAGAGAAAACACCUUCUGUGGAGGAAAAACAAGUGAGGAAGCCUUCUAAAGAGUAUAAAGACAGUAAAAAGCCUAUAAAGACGGAAAAAGAUCAGACAAAGCCUUCUGUGGUGGAAAAACCUCACAAAAAAGAGAAAGAAGUUGCAAAAGAAGAGAAAGAACCAGCAAAGCCUACAGAGGCCAAAAAGCACCUCAGAGAAGAAAAGGAACAGGUACUGCCUCUAAAAGAAGAACGAGAACCAAGGAAGCCCUUAAAAGAAGAGAGGGAAGCAGAAGAAACACCUAAAGAGAUCAAAGAAGUUAAAAAAUCUCCCAAAGAAGAAAAAGCAGUAACAAAACCUGCAAAAGAAGAACCAGAAAAGGUCUUUAAAGAGAAGAAACAACCAGAGGAAAAAGAGGAGGAAAAGCAAAAGAGGCCUUCCAAAGAAGUGAUAGUACAAAAGAAGUCCUUUAAAGAAAAACAAGAACCAGAGAAACCUUCAAGAAAAGAAAAAGAGCUGACAACACUGUCUAGAAAGGAAGAAAAAGAACCAAAGAAGCCUUCCAAGGAAGAGACAGAACCAAAGAAGCCCUCUAAAGAACAAGAACAAGAGAAGCCUUCCAAGGUGAAGGUUGAGGUCAAGAAGAUUCCCAAAGAAGAAAAGGAACCAGAGAAGAUCUCAAAGGAAGAAAAAGAGCCAACAAAGUCUUCUAAAGAAGAGAAAGAAAUCAAGAAGACUCCCAAAGAACAAGAACCUGUCAAGAAGAGAGACACUAAGACAGACGCUAAACCCACAAAGACUGUAAGGAGGACCACAGUACUCAAGAAGGAGGUUGUGUCUGUCCUGAAAAAGGAACACCUUAAUGUUACAAAAGCAGCUGAUGAACAAAAGAAGGCAGUAAAGUUGCUGAAAAAACAAAUAGGUCCUGUCCUGAAAAAGGAACAUCUUAAUGUUACAAAAACAGAGGUUCCUGAAGUUCCUAAAGUGAAAGCCAAACCAGUACCUGCAAAGAAAGUGGCAGCUCCCAAAGAGCCCAAGAAGGAACCAAAGCAAAAAAUCAAACCUAAACCUGUAAAACCAGAAGUUCCAAAGGAAAAGGCCAAAGCAGCUCCUGCUAAGACAAAAGCUGUUCCUAAAGAAAAGGUCAAACCAGUCAUCUUGAAAAAAGAACCUGAGGGCCCUGCAAGAAAUGCCUCUCUGGUGAAAGAGAGGGUCAAAAUAGUGCCGAUGAAAAAAGAGGUCAAGGCACCAAAGGAGAAAGUCAAAGCAGUCUCUGCAAAGACAGAAGUUCCAAAGGAAAAGGCCAAAGCAGCUCCUGCUAAGACAAAAGCUGUUCCUAAAGAAAAGGUCAAACCAGUCACCUUGAAAAAAGAACCUGAGGGUCCUGCAAGAAAUGCCUCUCUGGUGAAAGAGAGGGUCAAAAUAGUGCCGAUGAAAAAAGAGGUGAAGGCGCCAAAGGAGAAAGUCAAAGCAGUCUCUGCAAAGACAGAAGUUCCAAAGGAAAAGGCCAAAGCAGCUCCUGCUAAGACAAAAGCUGUCCCUAAAGAAAAGGUCAAACCAGUCACCUUGAAAAAAGAACCUGAGGGCCCUGCAAGAAAUGCCUCUCUGGUGAAAGAGAGGGUCAAAAUAGUUCCAAUGAAAAAAGAGGUGAAGGCGCCAAAGGAGAAAGUCAAAGCAGUCUCUGCAAAGACAGAAGUUCCAAAGGAAAAGGCCAAAUCAGCUCCUGCUAAGACAAAAGCUGUUCCUAAAGAAAAGGUCAAACCAGUCACCUUGAAAAAAGAACCUGAGGGUCCUGCAAGAAAUGCCUCUCUGGUGAAAGAGAGGGUCAAAAUAGUGCCGAUGAAAAAAGAGGUCAAGGCGCCAAAGGAGAAAGUCAAAGCAGUCUCUGCAAAGACAGCAGCCGAGGUUUCAAAACAAAAGCCCAAGCCAGUUCUUACAAAGAGAGAAGCUGCUCCGCUCAAGACAAAACCAGCCCCAGUGGUCAAAGCGGCAGAAGCACCACACAAAAAUGUCUCGCUAGCAAAGGAGAAGGUGAAAGUUGUGCCGCUGAGGAAAGUGUCUGUGACUCCGAAAGAGAAAGUCAAACCAGCACCAACCAAAAAAGAAGCUGAGAUUCUCACGGAGAAGAAGGCUGAGCCGGUGACUCCCACAAAAGCCCCUGUUAUCAAAGCAAAACCCAGAUCUGCUGAGAAGAAGAAAGAAGCUGCUGUGAAAGAAAAGGCAAAGCCAAAAGCCUGUCAGAAAGAACCAGAGGUCGAGCCGGUUCUCGCCAAAAAAGCACCUGAGCUGAGAAAGGAGAAGCCUAAGCCAGCACCUGAAAAGAAAGCCCCUUCCAAAACAGAAGCUGAAACAAAGAAGGAAAAGGUCAAACCACUCCUGAAAAAGAAAGAACCGGAGACUCCUAAAGAAAAGGAGAAACCUGCUGCAGUGAAGAAAGAGCCUAAGGUUUUAAAAGAGAGGGUCAAACCCAGCGCAGCAAAGAAAGAGGACAGAGCUCUUAAAGAAAAACCAGAGCGUGUAAAGAAAGAAAAAGUAGCUGCGAAGAAGGCAGCCAAAGAGGAGAGAGCUAAAGAGGACAGAGUUCUUAAAGAGAUACAGGAGCCUGCAAAGAAAGAAAAAACUGCUGAGAAGAAAGUUGCCAAGGAGGAGAAAGUGAAAGCAGAGCCUUCGGUAUCAGACAGCUUUCUUAUGGAAGAUGAGCUGCCCUACUUCCAGUGUUUCUUUGUGGACGAGGACGAGGCCCAGUUCCCGUUCUACGCCUUCUCACCGCUGCAGAUUUGAGGCUUCAGUCUGAGUCCGGUCUGAGGUUUACAAUUGAGUCAAUUUGCUGAUAACGACACGGUCACCACGCGCCCUGCGCUGCGCUGCUGAAACAGCCUCCAGGGGGCAACCCUGGACAGCAGAGGAUGAUGGGUGAUUUCAUGUGAUGGACCUGUUUUAUUUUUAUUUCCAGAUUUGGUUGAGCUCUCAUACCAAAUGCGUGCAGCCAGUUGUCAUUCCUUUCCAUUUAUUUUUUUAUUUAUUUAUUCAUUUUUUUGUGCGUGAGUUAAAUUUUUGGGCCGUGAAUAUCAUGGGAGUAUUUAAAUGGAACAAUAUUAACCUUUGGAGCGUUCGUUCAGAUCCUCACAGCAGCACAUGCAAAUAUGAAUAUGAUGGUGCAUUUUUUAAAGAAUAUGUUCAACUAUGCUGUAAACAGGGUACAAAAAAUGGCCACAAUUGCUGAUUCAAGGUGGACAGGCGUUUAGUUCCUCAGAGGCCACAUUUACUUGAAAAGUGGUUUGUACAGUAAUCCUGCAUUUCUAUGCUCAGUCAUCUGUGUAUUUAGCUUUUUUUUCUUUACUGCAUUGUAGAUGGCAACAUUUUUAAUGAUCAACUUAUCCUGCCCUUGAAUCAACAGUUGGGCAUUUGUAGUGUUUAAUUCCAUAAUUUCAUUUAUUUCAAGGAAACUUCUCACAUAUGUUCCUCCAUUUUUUUCCCUAAUGGGUACUAAUGAGGAAUGAAAGCAUUAACGAAAGGAGAGGUUAUUUUGUCUGUUUCUGUCUUCUUGUUAUGUGUCAAAAGGAAUGACCAUGCACUGUAUAUGAGAGCUCCCAACACUACCUGAAACGACACCUUUAAAGUCUUAUUAAACUGUACCAUGUAGACGUGUGCACCGGCGCUGGCUCUGAAAGCAAGCACUGCAUUGUCUGCACUGUCAGAAUGAGGCUUGAGUUCAUGUGAUCUUUUUCCACCAUCAAGGCUCAGAUUCAUUCUCUAGUUGGACUUUGUCCUCCAGCUGCUCGCUCAUUUGAAUGCGAUGCCACCUGUUUGAGUUUAAGUUUAUUCUUGCACUGUUAUCGAAGACGUUCUGCAAGCUGGAACAUUACAAGUACAGUAGGGCACAUGUGAUGAUUUUUUUUGUCAGUCAAAGGGGAUGACCGCUGUGGCUAACAGCACGUCCUUGAAAGACCAAAAACAAAACAGAAAAACACUGUCACUAACCUGUGUGUGUGUUGUGUGCACAACGUAGAAGCAACCUUUUGAACAUGUUCGUUAAAACCAGAAAAUGUUUAAAAGUAUGAUCUAUUUUAUGUUUUUAACACAUAUAGCGUGAUAUUAAUGCAUAUGUUAUUGAUGCAAAAGGUCACAGGAUUCAUGUCACAGCUUAUAAACAUCCUGUGUAUGUGAUGUACAGAAUGGGUUACAUGAUAUCAGAUUUUAAAUACGUAAGUGGUGAAAAAAUGAAAUCCAAUUACGUGUCUGAAAUCUCCGGAGGAUGAAGAGGGCUGCGAGAAUCGGCUCCUCUGCAGGUUUACUCGUGAACCUUAAUGUUGUUAACGUGGUGAUGCUGAGUGAAACAUUUCUGAGGAUUUGAGGAUCUCAGAUGUAAAGUGGUGCAUUAGUUCUCGGCGUGUACCAGCUGUUGUUUACAUAUGGCUCUUUACAUUUUUGCUCCAUAUGCUGCAUAGAAGACAGUUACUACAGCUUGUGACACUAAUCCCAAAUCUGCUCAAGAGUAAAUCCAUUUAUCUUUUUUAUUAAAAUAACAGACGCACACUCUUUUUUAGUCUAUAGAUGGUGCAGUAACUGUACUGUAACAGCUGGAGUUUGUUGGAGAUGCUCCACUAUCACUGAUGAAGCUGUAGCUGUGCAUCUUUGAAUAUUUCUAAGAGCUAUUUGCUGUUAGUGAAGAAGAUGUUUUUGAUAGUAUAAACAAUUAUUUUACUGCAUUUAAGGCUCACUUUAACCAGGUAACCAUGUGCAAUACAUAGAUUUUUAAAUAUAUGAGUGAUCAAAGCAUCGUAUGUUUGUCUGAUAGUCCUUGAAUGAAAUGUGCAUGAUGUGUGUGCGUUUUGUUUUAUGCCCUCAAAUGUUUUUGUGGUACUUUUUCCCCCACCUUUUGAGCACGGCAGCGUGAAAAACUUGAACUCAUUUGACACCAAUAACUGACAUUUUCGUUCAGUUGUGUUGCUAACGUAAUUUAAGUGCCUAACCAUUCAUAAUUAAAUGAUCUCAUUGUAAAUACUCAAAUAAAUGUACAAAAUAGACAGUUUUGUCCCUGAACAGUUGCUACUGAAACUGCUCUUUAACUGCAGUUUUAAUCACAUGAUGUAUCAUUUGUCAGUUACAUCGUCCUUAUGCUUGUGAAUAGUGGCAAUCUGGCAUUAAAACAGCAA